AGAGUUCGUAUUAUGAUUUUAGCACGUUUGGAGAGUGAAAAUGUGAUAUAGGUUUCACGUGUUUAUUUGAUGUUGAUUUACUGUAGAUUCCAGUCACAAUUUGUAAAUGUAAAUAGUCACCAGUUUUAACAGAGAAGACUGUUAUUGAUCCAACACAAUGAGAAGAUACAACGUGAGCGUUGUAACGCUUGAAUCUUUUAUAGCAUUAGCAGAGCAGCCUGAAGAAGUGGGUCUGUUGUAACAUAAUUUUCUUGAUCUAAUAGUUCACAUAACAAGUUACUGUCUAGAUGCUGAAACAAAGCUGAAUCAUACAAAAACAUCCCACCCACGAGAAAAGAAUCCACUCAUCAAAAUUUAGUCGGCAGUUCAUUAGACACACAAGAAAUUUCUCAAAAUGGCAAACCUUGAGGAUGAUCCGUCACUUCAUUGUUUAGAGGGCAGUUCUGGAGAACAGAAAGGUGGACUUGUUAUCAUGAAGAAGGGACAAUCAAACAAAACCCCACAUAUGUUCAAGAAACCAAUAGGGUCUAUACUUGGUCUGGAUAAAUUGGCAGCUGCUAAGCGUACCCAGAACAGUGAUGUGCCAAUGUCUCCCAAGAGAUCCAAGGUCAUGUCAUACAGAGAUGAUGAAAAUGAUGACAUUGAAGAUGACGAAAAUGAUUCUAGAGGCACCAAAGAUAAGAAACAUGGGAAGGAGAGGCACUACAGGUCAGCUCAAGUUGAGACUCCCUCUCAUCCAGGUGGGGUAAGCCGAGAAGCCAAGGAGAGGAUGAAGGAACAUCACAAAGAACUAGAGAGGGGAGUGUAUGUGUCCUCCAAGGACAAAGAGAGUCGACAUAAGGAGAGACACAGACACAAAAGGAGAGAGAGGGAUAGACGAGACCGCCACAGUGACAGGAGUUCCAGAAAGCAUGAUGACUCUGAGAGGAGAGGUCCAAGCUAUAGGGACUGGGAGGAGACGCCGGAGCACAGCUACAGAAACAAGGAUGACAUUGCCACACCAGAUAUACGGGUUAAAGACACUCCGUCGAGGUCAAACUGGGAUGAUGAUGAUGUCACCCCCUUGAAGAGGUCAGCAUGGGAUCUCCCUACACCUUCUCAGUCAGAACUGGGCCGAGAUUCCAGUGAGAGGAGCUUCAGGUCAAGUCGAGACUGGGACAGGUCUGAGAGGGGUCGAGACUGGGACCGGUCUGAGAGGGGUCGAGACUGGGACAGGUCUGAGAGGGGUCGAGACUGGGACAGGUCUGAGAGGGGUCGAGACUGGGACAGGUCUGAGAGGGGUCGAGACUGGGACAGGUCUGAGAGGGGUCGAGACUGGGACAGGUCUGAGAGGGGUCGAAACUGGGACAGGUCUGAGAGGAGUCAAGGUCAUCGAUCAGAACGUUCAGAUAAACGAAAGACGAGGAAGAACAUAGAUGACACUCCCAGAGCCACGCCCACUUACAAGUAUAACGAGUGGAUGGAUGACAAGAAGAGAAUACAGUUUACUCCUAAAGAUUCCAAAGGAGGCAAGCAAGACAUAGAGUUCAGGGAUGAACAGAGUCAGGAAGAGUGGGAGGAGGAGGAAAAGAAGGGCUGUCUGGACCGCAGAGUGAUCAAUAAGGGCAUGGACGAGGGGUAUGAUGAUGAAAGCAUACAACCCAGGAGUCUCAAUGGCACUUCAAACUGCAGGGUCAGAUCAAUAGAGCAUACUUCAAGAAGAAGGAUAGAAGAGAUGGAACAGAGGAAAAUAGAAGCACAUGCUGCAUGUCUCAAUCGGCAGAGACAGAUCAAUAAGGACAUUGAGAUGUGGGAGACCAAUCGCAUGCUGCGUAGCGGUGUUGUGGCCAAGACCAACUACGACGAGGACUUUGAGGAAGACAAUGUAGCACGUGUACACUUGUUGGUUCAUAAUAUAGUCCCUCCGUUCCUGGAUGGCCGUAUAGUGUUCACCAAACAACCUGAACCCGUCGUCCCCGUCAAGGAUCCUACGUCCGACAUGGCGCAGGUCUCCCGAAAGGGCAGCCAGGUAGUGCGGGCUCACCGAGAACAGAAGGAGCGUCGGAAGGCGCAGGUGAAGCACUGGGAGCUGGCUGGCACCAGGAUGGGGGACAUCAUGGGAAUCAAGAAGAAGGAGGAGGAGGAUGAGACGGAGGAGAAAGACUUCAAACAGGAUCACAAGUUUGCUGACCUGAUGCAGGAGAAGACGGAGGCUGUGAGUGAGUUCGCUCAACGACGCACCAUCUCUCAGCAGAGGAAGUACCUACCUAUAUUUGCCAUCAGGAACGAGCUUCUGAAUGUGAUCAGAGACAACAGUAUAAUCAUCAUUGUUGGGGAGACUGGUUCCGGGAAGACCACCCAACUUACACAGAGCAUGGAUGGAGGAGUUGGAUGGUGUGAGAGUUGGAUGGGUGGAGAGUUGGAUGGAGUGGAGAGUUGGAUGGAGGUGAGAGUUGGAUGGGUGAGGAAGUUGGAUGGGAGAGCGGAGGAGACUGACGGUGAGCAGGACGGAGCAAUCGAUGAGCUGGACGGAGCACUGACCGACGGAGGAGCUGACGGCGGAGAGCUGACACCGGACGGCGAGAAGGACGGCCGGACGGAGGAAAGUCGAACGGACUGGACGGCGCCACUGAAACGACACUGGACGGUGAGCCGGACGACACUGACGGACGGAGGAGCACGACAGCGAGAGCUGGACGCACUGAGCCGACGGACGGACACACGCUGGAUGGCACUGACGCCGGACGAGCGCCGGACAGCUGACGGAGCACUGACGGAUGGAGAGCUGACGCACGGACGGCGCCACGGAGCACACGGUACGGACCUGGACGGAGACGACGGCGGACGCCGACAGCUGGACGGAGCGGAACGCACUGACACUGCCGAUACUGACGAGGAAGACGGAGGAGCACUGGACGGUGAGCUGACACUGACAGCGCCGGACGGCACUGACGGACCGACACUGACACUGACGACACGACGCCAAGGAACGACAACGCACGCUGGACGCACUGAGCUGGAAAGCCGGACAGCCGGACGGAGGAGACCGACUGACACUGAGCUGGACGGACGGACACUGACAGGAUGCACUGAGCUGGACGAGCUGACAAGCUGGAGAGCUGACGGAGACACACGGACAAGACGGAGGACCGAGCUGGACAGCACGGUGGAGCUGGAUGGAGACGAGGAGGCACGGAGGAAAGGAGGUGAGCUGACGAUGUGGAUGGUGCUGGAUGGUGGACAGUGGAGUGGCACGGAAUGGACGAGACCGACCAUCUUCUAUGUAUUCUACAACAGUCAACCUGCAAAAACAAUGAUCAAGUACAUGACUGAUGGUAUCCUCCUACGGGAGUCGCUCCGGGAGUCCGAUCUCGACAACUACAGUGCAGUUAUCAUGGAUGAAGCUCACGAGCGUUCCCUCAACACGGACGUGCUGUUUGGGCUGCUCAGGGAGGUGGUAGCUAGACGGAAUGAUCUCAAGCUUAUUGUAACAUCUGCAACCAUGGAUGCUAGUAAAUUUGCAAAUUUUUUCGGAAACGUUCCAAUUUUCACAAUACCUGGUCGGACAUUCCCCGUGGACGUCAUGUACAGCAAGAACCCAGUGGAGGACUAUGUAGAUGCCUCGGUGAAACAGGCCCUCCAAGUACACCUGCAGGGGAUGCAAGGAGAUAUUCUCAUCUUUAUGCCUGGCCAAGAAGACAUCGAAGUGACAUGUGAACUUAUCUCAGAAAGACUUGGAGAGCUGGAUGAGGCCCCGCCCCUUGCCAUCCUCCCUAUCUACUCCCAGCUUCCCAGUGACCUGCAGGCUAAAAUCUUCCAAAAGGCUCCUGAUGGUGUCCUCAAGUGUGUAGUCGACACCAACAUUGCAGAAACGUCUCUGACAGUUGAUGGUAUAAUGUUUGUGAUUGACGCUGGCUACUGCAAGCUGAAAGUGUUCAAUCCGAAGAUUGGAAUGGAUGCUCUGCAGAUCUUCCCAAUCAGCCAGGUGAGACACAAUGCCAACCUUGGGACUUGUGGAAGAACAGGGCCAGGACAGUGCUACAGGCUGUACACAGCUCGACAGUACAAGGAUGAGAUGUUGAAGACAACAGUUCCGGAAAUCCAGCGGACCAACCUGGCUAACGUUGUGUUGCUGCUGAAAUCUCUGGGAGUGCAAGACUUGCUGCAGUUCCACUUCAUGGAUCCUCCCCCACAGGACAACAUCUUGAACUCGAUGUACCAGCUGUGGAUUCUCGGUGCCCUGGACAACACGGGUGCACUCACACCCAUGGGGCUCAGCAUGGUGGAGUUCCUGGACCCCGCCCUCUCCAAGAUGGUCAUCGUCUCCCUGGAGAUGGAGUGCAGUGCCGAGAUCCUGACUAUCGUGUCCAUGCUGUCAGUGCCGGCAAUCUUCUACCGCCCUAAAGGGAGGGAGGAAGACUCUGACGCUGCCCGAGAAAAGUUCCAGGUGCCUGAGAGUGACCAUCUCACCUAUCUCAAUGUGUAUCAGCAGUGGAAGAGGAAUGGCUACUCUGCAUCCUGGGCCAAUGAACAUUUCAUCCACAUCAAGGCCAUGAGGAAGGUACGAGAGGUGCGGCAGCAGCUGAAGGAGAUCAUGGACCAGCAGAAGAUGGAGAUGAUAUCCUGUGGCAACGAGUGGGACAUCAUCAGAAAGUGCAUCUGUUCAGCAUACUUUCACCAGGCUGCCAGACUCAAGGGUCUGGGAGAGUAUGUGAACUGUCGGACGGGCAUGCCCUGCCACCUUCACCCCACCAGCGCUCUGUUCGGCAUGGGCUACACACCAGACUACAUCGUCUACCACGAACUUGUCAUGACAUCAAAGGAGUACAUGCAGUGUGUGACGUCUGUAGAUGGCGAGUGGCUUGCAGAGCUUGGACCAAUGUUCUACAGCAUCAAGGAUGCCUCCAAGACAAGACAGGAGCGGAAGAAACUGGCAGAGGAGGAGUUGGUUGCCAUGGAAGAAGAGAUGAAACGAGCAGAAGAGCUCAUCAAGGCCAGGAAAGAGCAGCAGGAUGUGUCAGCAGCGUCAGUCAGGAAGCCAUCAAUUGCGACACCAGGGCGGAAAGAUGAAAGUUCUUCCUACAUAACUACACCAAGGAGAACCCCAGCCAAGUUCGGUCUGUGAUCUUCUGACUGUCGCCAUUAGGUUGCUGGACCAUGAAGAAGGGAAGACAAUGCCAACUUUUCUUCAAAACCAUAUCUCCGAUGUUCCUGAAUGAUAUCGGUGUGGAGAGGAAGAGUGCAGAGGAAGCGCCAUAGGUCACAAUAGGUGACAAUGAGGAGGCUGGGGAAGGAUGGACAUCGCCGACUAGAACACUGUACUCUAUCGAUCAUGUUGGUUCAGGUGAUGGAAAACACAAACACUGAAUAUUUACGUGAAUGUAAACCCUUUAUUAGAUACAACCAUGAUCUGGACAUUGGUGUCCUACAGGACACACAUCAUGUAGAAACAGACAAAUAUUAUGUUACUAAGUCACCAUUGAUGAACUGUGAAUGAUUUCUACAACAUGAUGACGUUGCCAUGUAUCACAUGCACAGCUGGAAUGAAGCAUUGUACAGAUCAUUAAAGGAAUCAUAUGUG